AUGACCGGAAUAUCCUCUCAAACAUACCCACGGGGCUGGCGAGUUUACCCGUCCAUCUAUUGUUAUCUUGUCAUCAUACUGGAAUCGCUUUCACGCUGUCCAUCGCUUUCGACAACAACAACUAUACAAAUAAAAAAUAAUGAGCCUGAUCUCGAUGACACUUGGUUCUCCGCUCCUAAACAACGUCAGCUGCCCGCAUUUCCCACUGCCUUAAAAAUACCCUCUUCAAUGUCCCUCGUUACAAAGUUCAGUGGCGCUUGA